GGAAGUCAUCAUACCGCCACAGCAAAGUGUGUAGUCGAAAGUAGCACAUUCGUCGCAUUGGUUCAAAUUUAAACAAACAGUAUCUUAGAUCUGUGGCUCGCGCGGCAUCUUCUUUACCCCGUUUAAGUGUGUUUAUAAACCCCGUAAUUUUAGUGGGAUUUCCCUGUAAAUGUGACCAUUUAUAUAACUGUUAGAUGUGGCAGAGUUAACAAGUGUAUGUACGUUAAAUAAUUAUAUUUUACUCUCAUUGUCCUAUACCUUAUAUAACUAGUUAGGUACUGCAUCCUCCGUUGCCAUUGGUUGGUGACCUUGCUUGUGUUCAUAUUAAAAUUUGAAGUUUUGAUUUAUUCGCACAUCCGUUUAUUAUACGAUUUAAUGGCUACCAGUCAUGGUAAAUAAGAUUAUGGAAAAACCAAAGGAGAAAUUCAAUCCUUUAUCAAAAGUUAAUAUAUUUUCAUAUUUGACAUUUGGAUAUGUUUUGGAGCUAAUAAAAAAAGGUUGGAAACAUGAUUUGAACGAGAGUGAUUUAUAUGGAUUACCAAAAAAAUGUAAAUCAAAAUUUAACGGAGAGCGAGCAGUGAAGCAGUGGAAUAAAAAUCCGUCGUUAUUUAAACUAUUGUUGAGCAAAUUCGGAUUAGCCUACCUGUUAUUUUGUUUAGCUCAUGUAACAUGGGUCGAAAUCCGCAGUAUAGUACGACCGUAUGGAAUGAGCAAAUUAAUUGCAUAUUUCGACAAAAAACAGCAGACAAUAUCAGAAACACAGGCAUUCUACUGCGCGAGUUUAGUAAUAUUUAUCAAAUUCUUCUCGGUAUUUUACACCGCUAACAUCAACGUAUUCGAACUGAAAUAUUUAUUAAGACUCAAGACAUCACUGCAAUCCCUCCUGUAUGAAAAGUUGCUGAAGCUUUCCUCCAACUCGAUCUUAGAGACCAGCUCUGGAAAUCUAAUAACAGUCAUGACAAAAGAUAUCUACAGUAUUGAGACGAAUCUUUGGGUGUUUAAAGAAUUUGUAAUAUUUUUCGUACAGACGACGACCGUGUUCUAUUUAUUAUAUAGCAGGAUUGGGGUAACUGCAUUCGUGGCCGUUGGAAUGUUUGCCGUAGCUCUUCCCGUACAAGGAUUUCUCUGUAAAUUAGUAACAAAGCUGCGGCUAACAGUAGGAAAGCACUCUGAUGAAAGGCUACAGAUAACGCAGGAAGCACUUACAGCAAUUCGUGUCAUCAAAAUGUAUACUUGGGAAAGGUUUUUUAUUGGAAAAAUAUCUAAAGAAAGAAGCAAAGAAUUGUCAGCCCUUCUAAAGAUGUUUUUUGUUCACUUCCUUAUCGUCAUCAUCGGAAUUUUUUUGUCAGGAAUAGUUUUUCUGGCUUUGAUUCUGACUUACACUGCGCUAGGUUACGAUACCAACACCGAGUUGAUCUUCUACAUAGAUUCCCUCUUCGGAGAACUCACAUUGGCCAUGGGGAUAAUGAUCCCCAUAAACAUGAGUAGAACAGCAGAGUUGAUUGCAUCUUUGAAACGCAUCAACAAAGUCUUCCAAUGCCAAGAAAUUUCGAAAAUAGAAAAGAUUUACAAGGAUGCUUUGAUUGAUAUUAACAAUGUUUCGGUAGAAAUCAAAAAUCAGAAGGUUCUUGAUGAUGUUUCUCUAAAAAUCUCGAAACCUGGACUGCACGUGAUCACAGGAGUUGUUGGGUCAGGAAAGAGUUCGAUAUUUAAAGUUAUCAUUGGACUCCACAAUUUGUCAGAAGGAUACUGCAAAUUAGGCGGUACCAUAUCGUUUGCAGCUCAAGAACCAUGGCUAUUUCCAUCAUCGAUUAAAAACAACAUUCUUUUCGGUGAAAAAUAUGACAAAGCUCGUUACGAAGAAGUUCUCAAAAUUUGCGGUUUAGAUUACGAUCUAGCAUUUAUGCAAAACGGAGACGAGACUAUUGUAGCUGAAGCUGGACUUAAUCUUAGUAAAGGACAACAAGCUAGAGUUAAUUUGGCCAGGUGUAUAUAUAAAGACAGUGACAUUUAUUUGCUGGACGAUCCGCUUACAGCUCUAGAUGCCAACGUCCAAGAUGUGAUAUUUGAACAAUGUAUUCUUAAAUUCUUAAAAGAGAAGAUUUGUAUUUUGAUUUCUCAGAAUCCAAAACAUAUCGAAAACGCUGAGAAUAUUUUUACUCUAAGUCAUGGAAAGCUGGUAGGUGACACUAACAUAAUUCCGGCUCCCACCCCAGACAUCGGUGAGGAACAAAAAGAACCCGUUCAGGUGUCUGAAGCUAAGAAACAAUCAGAGGCCGCUAAAUCUAGUCACGAAGACGAUCAAUAUACAAAUGACGAUUUAUUCGCCGAGAAAAAUAACACGGGAAAGGUUGGGGCGGAUGUAUAUAAGUCUUACAUGAGAUUCGGAGGAGGAAUUUGCUUUGUCGUGUUCAUAAUUUUACUGUAUACUGGCUCCCAAGUAGCUCAUUUUACUUCAGAGAAAUUAAAGGCAAAGUGGGUUGACGUACAAGCUAACGAUGGCAGCACAAUGCUCCCCAUUCUUGGAGGACCCUACAAAAAGCAAGAUCUUCUGUUAUUCACCACGUUUACCACUGUAUUUUCUUCUCUGUACAAUUUAGUGACUCUAUACUCGUUGUUAAGAUUUUGCAGGAAUGCCUCCUACAAUGUACAUAAACUGAUGGUUUCUCGAAUCACAACAGCAGUAAUGACAUUUUUUGAUACAAAUUAUUUAGGCAAUGUGGUCAAUAGGUUUUCGUAUGACUUGAAUAUUUUAGACGAGAGGUUACCUAUGAUGUUUCUUCAUCUAUUUAGGGCCGCAUUUUACUGCUUAGGUAUCCUGGUACUCAUAGCAACAGUUAAUUGGGUAUUCCUCUUCCCUUCAAUAAUUUUUAUCAGCCUCGUUGUGACGUUAAGAAUUCUAUAUAUCAACACGGGUCGUAAUUUAAAAAGACUAGAAGCUGCAACGAGAAGCCCUUUGGUGGGCCACAUUAAUGCAACGCUCGAUGGUUUGUCAACUAUCCGAGCAUUCGAUGCUGAAAAAAGGCUGACAAAUGAAUUCUAUCGACAUCAGGAUUUGUAUUCGUCGGCAGUUUUCACUAUGAGAUUGAGCCAUACUGCUUUGAUAUUUUAUAUGGGAGCACUCAGUGCUACGUUUUCCACCAUCAUUAUGGCGAAAUUCCUGUUUUUCCCAGACGAUACUUCCGCUGGAAACGUAGGGCUUGCGCUUACAAAUAUAAUAAGACUCUCAGAUAUGAUUUUAUGGGGUAUCAACGAGUGGAUAGAAAUAGAAACUAAUAUGACGUCAGUGGAACGUUGUUUGGAGUACACAAAAGUGAAACAAGAAGAUGACUCAGGCAAAACACCAAAGGACUGGCCAACAGAAGGUGGAGUCAUUUACAAGCAAGUUGAAUUAAAAUACGGUGAUAACAAGAUUCCAGUCUUGAAAAAUAUUAAUUUUACAAUAAAACCCAAACACAACAUUGGUAUUGUAGGAAGAACUGGGGCAGGAAAAUCUUCAAUUAUUUCAACGUUGUUUAGGCUAUAUGAAUACGGAGGAAAUAUUGAAAUUGAUGGCGUGGAUAUCAAAACUAUAUCCUUGAGUUGCUUGAGGAAAAACAUCGCCAUAAUACCGCAAGACCCUAUAUUAUUCAGUGGCACACUUCGAGAAAACAUAGAUCCCUAUAAAGAACACGCAGACGAUAAGAUUUGGUCUCUGCUUAACCAACUCUCGAUUGAAAACAUACAAACUUUGGACUCUACUGUUGCCAACUUUAGUGCAGGACAAAAACAGCUAAUCUGCAUGGCCAGAGCGGCUUUGAAUAACUGCAGGAUUAUAGUCUUGGACGAGAUUACCGCGAACAUGGACACGGAAAAUGAUAACUUGAUACAUUCGUUGGUCGAGAAAAUAUUCAAGAAUUGUACUAUCUUGACGAUUGCUCAUAGGUUAAACUUCAUUCUGAGCUGUGAUAUGGUAAUUGUGAUGGAAAAUGGACAAAUUGUUGAGUUCGAUGAGCCGAAGACGCUAUUAGAAAAUGAAAAAUCCUUAUUUGCAAAAAUUUGUGAUAAAGCCAGUUCCUAAUAAAUAUGAUAUUUUUAUUACAAAA